AUGCUCGACUCGUUCGAGAUCGUCACCACCGCGGGCGUCGUCCUGUGGUCGCGCACACAGGCGUCCGUCGGCGCGCACGUCAUCAACAGCCUGAUCCGCGACGUCUUCAUCGAGGAGCGCACCCUGCCACCGGCCGACCACCGCGGCGCGAAGCCCACGUACAGGAAGGAGGGCUGCACCGUCAAGUGGACGCAGGCAAAGGACGUCGGGCUGCUGUUCGUCGCCGUCUACCAGAGCCUCGUGCACCUGACCUGGGUCGACACGCUGCUCGACAAUGUGCGCGCCCUGUUCGUCGGCCUGUACGGCGACCAGCUGCGGACGAAGCUCAGCAGCGUCGUCGACUGCGACACCUUCGGGCCCUACUUUGACCGCCAGGUGCAGGAGCUCGAGGGCCAGACCGGCUCCCGCGCCCCCGGCCGCGACCUGACCCCGCCAGACUCGAGCACCGACGGCGACAGCGCCGACGAGACGGCGGCGCCGCCGCCGCCGCCGCCGCGAGCCCUGUUGGACACGAGCGCCGACUCGACCCCAUCACAGACGCCCAACCCGUCGCGGCCGGCCACACCAGCGAGCCGCGUUCUGGCUGCGAGAGCCCGCCCGGGCGGCGCAGGCAUGUCGCGGCGCGACAGGAAGAAGGCCUCUGGAAGCCCCGCGCCCGCGUCCUCUGGAGACGAGGCGGCCACAAAGCGCAAGGGCAAGAGCGCCAAGAAGAACAGGACGUGGGGCGAGCUGGGCGCAGAAGAGGACGACGGCGACGUGGUGCUCGACUACUCGCAGUCGGACCUGCGCGACGGCGGCCCCGAGCCCGAGCAGCUCGACGAGAUCCACCAGGACACGUGGGGCCGCAGGACAAACAGGGGCGAGUUUGUGCUCAAGGACCUGGACGAGGAAAUGGACGCCAUCAUCCAGGAGCAGCACGCGAACACGGACAGGGCCGCAGCCACAGCAGCCGCCGGCGGCAUCGUCGGCUCCAGUCUGGGCGUAAUCGGCGGCUACUUCAGAAGCGUCGUCGGCGGCAAGACGCUCACCAAAGAGGAUCUCGCCAAGUCCCUCAAGAGCAUGGAGGAGCACCUCCUCCGCAAGAACGUCGCGCGCGAGGCCGCCGUGCGCCUGUGCGAGUCGGUCGAGCGCGACCUCGUCGGCAUGAAGACGCCCAGCUUCACCACCAUCGAAUCCACGCUGCGCACCUCAAUGGAGAAGGCGCUGACCCGCAUCCUCACCCCGACGUCGUCGCUCGACCUGCUGCGCGAAAUCGCCGCCGUCAACGCCGCCCGCCCGCGCCCCUACGUGCUCUCCAUUGUCGGCGUCAACGGCGUCGGCAAAUCCACAAACCUGUCCAAAAUCGCCUUCUUCCUGCUGCAGAACCGCCACCGCGUCCUCAUCGCCGCCGCAGACACGUUCCGCUCUGGCGCCGUCGAGCAGCUGCGCGUCCACGUGCGCAACCUGGCCGAGCUCUCGCGCCGCGAGGGCGGCCACGUCGAGCUGUUUGAAAAAGGCUACGGCAAGGACGCGGCCAACAUCGCCGCCGACGCCGUGCUGCACGCGCAGAAGCACGGCUUCGGCGUCGUCCUGGUCGACACGGCCGGCCGCCGCCACAACGACGCACGCCUCAUGUCCUCGCUGGCCAAGUUCGCCAAGCUCGCGGACCCGGACAAGAUCCUCAUGGUCGCCGAGGCCCUCGUGGGUUCCGACUCGGUCGCGCAGGCCCGCAACUUCAACGCCAGCUUCGGCCCGGGACGCCAGCUUGACGGCUUCAUCAUCUCCAAGACCGACACCGUCGGCGACAUGGUCGGCACCCUCGUCAGCAUGGUCCACGCCACGGCUAUUCCCGUCGUGUUUCUGGGCACCGGUCAGCACUACAGUGACCUGCGGAGCUUGAACGUGGGUGUCAUUACGAGGCUGCUCAUGUCCUAG